GUCAUGUCACCUGCUGCCGCGUGACGUCACGAGGGACCAGGAAGUUGUUGCUCGGCCCGUGCACUGAAAUCCGAGGCCACGCCCGCGUUGAGCUGCUAAACCGCUCUUGUUUUCACAAGCGACCUGCCCACAACAACAAGCUGUCGCUUCCUCUGCAGAAUUGGUCUGAUGGAGCAAAGGCACUCGGUGCGGCUCGGAUGCAAAAAGGCAUCAAUGCGACUGGUGUGCAUACAGCACGAAUCGUCCUGAACAUUUGACACAGCACCAGAGAACUCACACAGGAGAGAAACCCUUCAAGUGCAGUAUGUGUGGGAAGGCGUUUGCACAGUCAUCUGCUCUUGUAGCACACCAGAGAACACACACGGGAGAGAAACCCUUCCGGUGCAAUGUGUGUGGGAAGGCGUUUGCACAGUCAUCUACUCUUGUAGCACACCAGAGAACACACACGGGAGAGAAACCCUUCAGGUGCAGUUUGUGUGGGAAGGCAUUUUCACAUCCAUCUGCUCUUAAAAAACACCAGAGAACACACACAGCAGAGAAACCCUUCAGGUGCACUCUGUGCGGGAAGGCGUUUUCAGAUUCAUAUAAUCUUGUAACACACCAGAAAACACACACAGGAGAGAAACCCUUCAAACAACGAUGCGACCAGUGUGCAUACACCACGGAUCGUACUGGAAAUUUGACACGGCACCAGAGAACACACACAGGAGAGAAACCCUUCAAGUGCAGUGUGUGUGGGAAGGCGUUUUCAGAUUCAUAUACUCUUGUAAUACACCAAAGAGAACACACAGGAGAGAAACCCUUCAGGUGCACUCCGUGCGGGAAGGCGUUUUCAGAUUCAUCUACUCUUGUAAUACACCAGAGAACACACACGGGAGAGAAACCCUUCAAGUGCAGUCUGUGUGGGAAGGCAUUUUCACAGUCAUCUACUCUUAUAACACACCAGAGAACACACACAGGAGAGAAACCCUUCAAGUGCAGUGUGUGUGGGAAGGCGUUUUCACAAUCGUAUCAUCUUGUAACACACCAGAGAACACACACGGGCGAGAAACCCUUCAAGUGCGCUGCGUGCGGGAAGGCUUUUUCAGUUUCAUCAAAUCUUCAUGUACAUCAGAGAAUACAUACGGGAGAGAAACCCUUCAAGUGCACUGUGUGGGGGAAGACAUUUUCAAAUCCAUCUGCUCUUAAAAAACACCAGAGAACACACACAGGAGAGAAACCCUUCAAGUGCAGUGUGUGUGGGAAGGCGUUUGCACAUUUAUUUACUCUUAAAAAACACCAGAGAACACACACGGUAGAUAAACCCUUCAAGUGCAGUGUGUGUGGGAAUUCGUUUGCACGUUCAUCUACUCUUGUAACACACCAGAGAACUCACACAGGAGAGAAACCCUUCAAGUGCAGUGUUUGUGGGAAGGCGUUUGCACGUUCAUCAAAUCGUCAUGUACACCAGAGAACACACAAGCACCAGAAGAUCCACAAGGAGUGGAGUCUUAAAUCAGCUUGUGAAAGUCAAAGUGCCUCAAUGAGCCCAUCCCUCAUGAAACAAGAACCGGAAGAAAAUCCCAGCUUGGACACUUUUAAAGGUAUCAAGGUGAAAUAUGAAGAAGUGAAGGUGAAAUGUGAAGAAGUGAUAGUGAAGAGCGAAGAAGUGAGGGUAAAAUGUGAAGAUGACGAUUCAACUCCAAAAUCGGACCUUCACUUUGAUGGAGGAAUCGUGAAGCAGGAGGAGAAUUCUGACUGUGAGGCAGAGCGAGGCAACUCCCAGCAGUUUGUGGAAGUGGAGGUGUGGGUGGACUUCCGAGAAAAUACAAAGUCAAAUGGAGACCUGGUAGAUGUGUAAGCCUGAGACGAUGUCGCUCCAAUAGAUUAUUAACCUUUGUCACAGGCCUUUAAUGAAAAGAACGUGAACUUGAACACUCAACCUAGGUGCAACCUGCAGGGUAAGAGCGGCCAGUCUUUGUGGACCUGUGGGUUGGGUCGACCUCUAACCAGGAGCGAGAGCCAAUAAGCUCCCAAGCAUUCACUAUGUUAUCAUAAUUGCAUUUACAUGGUGCUUAAUCGUCUCUAGCAACUCGGAGUUUUGUAACAUAUCUCGUUUCAAACACUCGAAGAGCAUCCCCAAGUAGCAGCUGCCCUUGUGUGACACAAAGUGGUGGCCCUGCACCGGCCUGCAUGUGGACAAGAGCCUGUCAGUAGGGGGUGAUGGUUGAUGUGGCAUCUCAGUUGUGUAGUUUGUAGGUAAUGUUUAGAAUUUGCUAAAUUUUGACCAAGACGCCAGCAUGCAAUGGCCUACUCGUUUUGAAUGGCGCAAUAGUAUGUUUUACAUGUGUAGGGGCUGCUGCCCCCCAAUUCCUCUCCCCCUCCCUAUUCUGCACGCCUCGCCGCUGCCGCUUCCCCUCUGUGAGACAUUACUCCUGGCCCCUGGCCUCGGGUCAUUCACCUCCACUCUCCACGUGCAUCCCCUCACACAUUAGUAGGAGACUCCCUUGGCACACCAUAGCCCUCGCACGUAUACGCACGGCCACCCAAAUGCGACGUCUCCGCUUGCACAACCCCGCGCACCAAUCACACGUGCUGAACGGGGGGGGGGGUCAGGUCGGAGGGCAGUAACGUCGCUCGCACACGUGGCCGCCGAGGGCGGGUAAUAGCGCUUGUUUAAAGGGCCGUGGGGGCAGGUGUUCGCGGUGGGUGUGAGCCUGCACGCAGCACGGGUGUCCAUAGCCACGGAAGCACCGACCACACACGUGACGGCGAGCGCACACACCACCACGCACUUUCAGCACCCCCCGUGGGUACACACUAACCCAAAGCCGUACGAAUAAUCCCACGUGUAUCCGUGCGUGCCUGCCGUUGCUCGCCGUGGGCACAUGCUAAACCAAAGUCGUAUGAAUAAUCCCACGUCUAUCCUUGCGAGUCUACCGUCGCUCCCCGUGGGCACACGCUAAACUAAAGCCAUAUGAAUAAUCCCACGUGUACCCUUGUGGGUCUGCCGUUGCUCACCAUGGGCGCACGCUAAGCAGUUAACGCAGCGCAAGCAUGGUAACCGAAUAGAGGGUCAGAUCCGCGCAUUAACCCGUCGUUCACGCCUAUGCACACGCAGCGUGGAGGGUAGGGGCCACAGGACGAGACGCGCACUCCCGGAGUCUUGCGGGCGCAGCUUUUCUUCCACCAGGACGCGGUGCGCCCAGCCACACAACGUUAAAGCGAGCGCACACACACAAUCCACUUUCAACACACUCGUCGAAUUCACACGAGGCUGUGAUCAUUUACUAACAAUUUAUUCCCGGCCCGACUGCGAGUCACUCACCGAAUCCGUCGGAGUCAGCAAGGCAGGACUAAACUAUUUCCCGAUGGUCUGAACCUUAUUCUGUUAGGACUUAAACCCCUUUGGCUAUUAAGCUAAAUACCGUCCUCACAGCACUUCGACUCAUCACACGGACGUUCGAGUGGCUGGACUGAAGAGUCGACACCACCCCGAUGGCUGACUUAAGAAGCAAGACCCCCUUUUUCCCUUUCUACGGCCUCUUUUAUUGUUACUACAUCAAAAGGUAACCCGAAGCCGAUUCACUGGCCAAUCGGCUCGCUGGGAGUUCCAAGCCGCAUUUCGUUGUCUUGUCCGUGCACCGGUUGGCUGCCGAGUGCCCGACCGAUCAGAGGGGAGACCCCGCUUUCUCGCCGUUCGUGGCUCCGCGCCCCUACCUGCCUGCUGACCCGUGUGUGGGGUGUGUGUGUUAACCGCGGUGGCUGGGUAGCCCCGUCGUGACCAUGUAAUUUCAACCCAAGUCACGGCGCCGCGGUGCGAGUUAGCAUUGGGGGAGAUUGCCCAAUUCCCUGGCCGCAGGAAACCGUGAAGAUUAUUCCUAUGAGAGGGCUUCUGGGUGAAAACCUGUCGGGUCAGAUGACCUCCCCUCGGAGCUCUAUGUGGGGAGAAAUGUGUGAGGGUGUGUUUAUGUGGGGGGUGGCGAGGGAGCAGCAGCGUCGGGCCCCGUCGCAUGGUGGUGGCGAGAUCGUAGAUGGGGUGCCCGCAGAGUGGCUUCGCGGCGGUGGCAUCACACAUGCACUGUUAAGCAGACGGUGCGUAUUUUAAAAAAGUUUCCUGUUAAUAUGAUGUAACUUGAUGCAGUAUUUUUCAGUGCAGUAAUUAAAUGUUAAAAUAACUGUCAAUUUAGAAUGAAUACUUGUCUGAUUGUGUGCGUACAUGUAACAUUUUGUCGAAAAAGGUCAAACAUUGAUUAAGUGAUGUUAGGACAAAGUGUGUGUUUUGGAAGUAAUCUGUACAGAUAACGCAGGUGAGACCCGUUGUUCUUGUGAUACAGGUCAAAGGGUAUUUUUGUGUUUUCAGGAAGCAUCUGCCUCUGGAGCAACUUAUUGUCUUUGAAAUAGGGAGCACACUCGGAUCAUUCAUCAGUUACAAGGCAUACCAUUUAAAAGUUACACGUAGAGGAGAUACAUUCUCUACAACACGAAUUAUAAUUUUGCAUUACGUGUUGACGUAGAUUUUGUCGAACGAGGACUAGAAAUGCUCCUUGCUGAUUAAUGUCUGGAUGUUCGUAACCAUCGGUUGAAGCAAGCCCGGCUGCUGUUGAGACACUGUCCACCAAUAAGGGUCCACAGGUGACUUGCACUGAAUCAAUGAUGCACUCCCAGAAGGCUGUGCUAGUUAUAUUUUGUGUAAAACAUUCCUUUGUUUUGCGGAGAGACCGAUAAAUGAAAGACGUCUUGUCUGCUGAUCUUGCUCAUAUCUGUGUACAUCGAUAUCCCACAUUGCU